GUGACAGCCACACAGUUGUGUGCCUUUCACAGACAAAAGAGAGACACCAACAGAACUCCAGCUUGUUAAGCAACAAAUAAGCUAGACCACCCGCAUUGACUUAUGGAUCCAAUGACUGAAAACGCCUCCAAAAGCUUCACUGCAGAAAUCAACUUAGAAAAGCUGCAAAAGAUAGCUGCAGAGGUGAUUCUCCCCGGCAGAUUCAUCCUCAGACCUCUGAAUGCUGCUCUGGAGCUUAUUACCAGCAUCCUGGCCUGGAUUUUAGGAAGCAGCCUGGUCCAAAAGCAUUUUCACCUCAUGCUGUCUGGACUGGUACUCUUUGGGCCUGUGGUGAGUUUCUGGGUUUCCAAGUACAGCAUCUUUGCUAACGGCAACCACUACUUGUACAGGAAGUUCCUCAGGUCUACUUGGGGCUGGACCUGCAUCCUCACAGGCUCCUUCAUCAUCCUCCUCUCCUUCUCAGCUCGCCGCUCUAUCUCCCUUACCCUGCGCCACCUCUCUCGGAUUGGGCUCGCAGGUCUGCUGUGGUGGGGAUGCCGGCGCCUUUUGACCCUCCUGGAGGAUGCAGCUGGUGCCUGUUACGAACCCCUGGCCCCUGUCCAGGAUACCCAGAGCUCCGCCUCAGCGCAGCCUCUGCUGCUCCUGCAUGAAGACCAGACCAAGGCGUCAUGCCUUAAAGCUAACAUGAUGUGGAGAGGUUAUGAAGUUUCCCAGGAAACCCUCAUCCUCUGCCUGUCCUGCCUGCUGCUUGUGGAGGAACUGUCUGUCUUCGGUCGUCACCUGGCACAAGAGAAGCGUUUUCAUAGGUCUCCUAGUGCGCCAUUAAGGGUUCUAUUCCUCCUCUGUGUUGUUCUGCUCUUCAUAUGGAUGGUCUUGCUUCUGUGCUUGCUCGCAUACUUCCCUGCGUGGCCCUCUCAGCAGCUGGGAGGAGCUCUGGGCUACCUGGGGUGGAGGAGCCUCUAUCAGGGAUGGUACCGGCUAACACCCAGUGAGGGGUCCCCUGGUUUGCCAGGAGAGGGCCUUUUUACCAGCACAGACUCUGAUAAACACUCCCAGUAGUUCAACCUUUUUUCAA